AUGCCCAAGCACCAUGACAUUCGGCCUCUUGGCCCCAAACACCGCAAACCCUUCCCCUCUCUGACUCUCCUGCGUAAGCACCCUCACCCGCUGACCCUCCAAAUCCUCCACCAACCACGCAUGUUACACUUCCUCCCCCCCUCCCUCGGCCCUUGCACUCCACGCCAGACGCCCCGCCGCGCCGUUGGCAACCGGUGGCUCCGCCUCCUCGACUCUGCAGGCGAGAGGCGCGAACUCAAAGGUGGAGAAGGAAAAGGUGUUGUGCAGGUGCAGGAAGGGACUGGAAGUUGGGGGGACAAUGGCGGAGCAGUUUUGGUAGUAGGUCGGCCAUUGGGUGAUGUUGGCGAGGAGGGCCCAGAUUUGGGACGAGGUGAUGUCUUUGACGAUGCGUUCGUUUGA